UCAAGCUAGCUACCACCACCGAGCUAUCGACCGGCAGCCGGCCAGCAGCCAUGGACAUGAGCCUCGAGCACUCGAGCUCUGCCUCCUCCUCGUCCACGACCGAGCGCAGCGGGACGGCGUGGCCGUGGCCGCCGAAGCGCCCCGCGGGCCGCACCAAGUUCCGGGAGACGCGGCACCCCGUGUUCCGCGGCGUGCGGCGCCGUGGGAACGCCGGCCGGUGGGUGUGCGAGGUGCGCGUCCCCGGGGACCGCGGCACGCGCCUCUGGCUCGGGACGUACUUCACCGCCGAGGCGGCCGCGCGCGCGCACGACGCCGCCAUGCUCAUGCUGCGCGGCCGUUCCGCCGCGUGCCUCAACUUCCGGGACUCCGCGUGGCUGCUUUCGGUGCCGCCCGCCUUCUCCAACCUCUCUGAUGUCCGGCGUGCGGCCGUCCAGGCCGUCGCGGACUUCCUGCGCCGUCCGGAGGCCACCGGUGCCGCCGCUGGGGCGACCCAGGAAGUCACGUCCAGCGUGGCCGUCCCGUCGUCGGCGGCGUGCAGCAUCCCCUCGUCCGAGACGCCGCAGACUUCCGGUGAUGCCACUUUUGAAGAGCCAUCCGCAUUAAGCAUGGACAUGUUCGACCUCGACUGCCUGUUUGGGGAGACGGACUCGGACACGUACUACUAUGCGAACCUUGCGCAGGGCCUGCUCAUGGAGCCACCGCCUACCAUGGCCACCGGUCAAUACUGGGACAAUGGAGACUGCGCCGACGGCGGAGCCGGAGGUGAUGUCGCGCUCUGGAGUUACUAGGACUUGGUAUAUGUUGGGAGAGAUAUUGUAAGCAACAUCUAGUGUGCAAAAAUAGAAAAAAUCAGUGACAUCCAUCGGAUUUUGAAUGGAUGUCUCUGAUUCAAUGUACGGGAGUUGGUGGAGCUUCUGUGCGUUUAUGAAAACCCCCUUGACUAACAGUUAUGUAUAAAAAGAUCCCUCCACCAUGUUUGGCUCUUCUUCGUUCCGAGAGUCUCCUUCCUUCCUUGUCGAUCCCUUUGCUAUAUCCUUAGUUAGAACCAAGUGGUAGCCCAGUAGAAUCGAUGCGAUGCAUCCCCUUGAUUUUUUUUUGCGGGUGCAUCACCUUGAUUUUAGAUUUAGACUAAUUAAACUAACGUUGUAGCCCUCUUAGAGACAGAUAUAUUCAUAAACUUGUAACACUGAGAUUUAUUUUGCCCAUAAACAUAUGCCUAUUAUGAGAUAUUGUUGAUUAUAUGUUAUAUUAAAUUAAAUUUGUUGUGUGUGUGUGCGCACGCGCAAAAUAUGAAAACAGUACCUAAAUUU